CCCACGUCACCCGCGCAGUCCCGCGUGUCUCGCCACUGCAAUACUGCAGCCCCCACACUGACCGGAGGGCGGGGCGGCGCGGCGCGCCGCGGCGUGCACCCACGACUCGGCUCGGCUGACAGGGCCUGCCUCAUGAAUCUGGCCGCCUCCCCCUCCCUAGCCACCCCCGCGACCGCCCCCCUCCAUGAGAUGCCAUUAAGUCCCUCCUCCGCUUUCUCCUCCCCCUUGCUCCGCCGCUCGCUAGCCGCGUCCUUCCGGAGGAUCUACCCCAUGGCCUCCGCCGCGCCCGCCUCCACCGUCGCCGCCGCCGACAACGGCUCGGCGAAGCCGGCGGAGCAGCAGCCCGUACAGGUGGCAAAGCGGUUGGAAAAGUUUAAAACGACAAUUUUCACACAGAUGAGCAUGCUUGCCAUCAAGCAUGGAGCAAUAAACCUUGGCCAGGGCUUUCCGAAUUUUGAUGGCCCGGACUUUGUGAAAGAGGCUGCUAUUCAAGCUAUCAACGCUGGGAAGAAUCAAUAUGCAAGGGGAUAUGGUGUGCCUGAACUGAACUCGGCUGUUGCUGAAAGGUUCCUAAAGGAUAGUGGAUUGCAUGUUGAUCCUGAGAAAGAAGUUACUGUGACAUCUGGGUGCACAGAAGCAAUAGCUGCAACAAUAUUGGGUCUGAUCAACCCUGGCGAUGAGGUGAUACUGUUCGCUCCAUUCUACGAUUCAUAUGAGGCUACGCUGUCGAUGGCCGAUGCCAAUGUAAAAGCCAUUACUCUCCAUCCUCCGGAUUUUGCAGUCCCGCUUGAAGAGCUAAAGGCUGCAGUCUCUAAGAACACCAGAGCAAUAAUGAUAAACACACCACACAAUCCUACUGGGAAAAUGUUUACAAGGGUCGAACUUGAAUUUAUCGCCACUCUCUGCAAGGAAAAUGAUGUGUUGCUGUUUUCUGAUGAGGUCUAUGACAAGUUGGCAUUCGAGGCUGAUCACAUAUCAAUGGCUUCUAUUCCCGGCAUGUAUGAGAGGACUGUGACUCUGAACUCUCUGGGUAAGACAUUCUCCUUAACAGGAUGGAAGAUCGGUUGGGCAAUAGCGCCUCCACAUCUGACAUGGGGCCUAAGGCAGGCACACUCAUUCCUCACAUUUGCCACCUGCACACCAAUGCAGUCAGCAGCAGCGGCAGCUCUGAGAGCACCAGAUAGCUACUAUGAGGAACUGAAGAGGGAUUAUGGCGCCAAGAAAGCUAUACUGUUGGAAGGACUAAAGGACGCCGGGUUUAUUGUUUACCCUUCAAGUGGAACAUACUUCAUCAUGGUCGAUCACACCCCGUUUGGUUUCGACAAUGAUAUAGAGUUCUGCAAGUAUUUGAUUCGCGAAGUUGGCGUUGUCGCCAUACCACCAAGUGUAUUUUACCUCAACCCUGAGGAGGGAAAGAACCUGGUGAGGUUCACCUUCUGCAAGGACGAAGACACACUGAGAGCCGCAGUUGAGAGGAUGAAGAUAAAGCUCAGGAAGAAAUGAGAAGGGAAAUUUCAUGUGUCUGUUGAUUGAUGAAUAAUCUGCUUGAUUUGAACUGCAUCCGAAUGCAUGUACUUUUCUAGCAAUAGUUAUCCUGUCAGUGACUUCACCUAUACUGUAUUUGUCUGUCUAAGCAGAUGAUGAUGGGUCAGUAAUUCAGGAUACCUGCUGGUACACUUUUGUCGCCUA